AAAAAAUCAACGAAGAAAACAAACUCUAGAUUCUCAUCACCACGAAAUCUUUGUAGUUGAAGAAGAAGGAAUUUUUAAACACACAUCUCUGAUUUAAUAAUUAUUCAAACUUAAACAAUGUCUGAUAUUGCCACUAUCGAACCUAGUGCUACACCAUCCACUCCUAAAAAGUCAUCACCAAAGGCUUCAUGUUCUUCUACUCCUUCAAAUAGUAGUAAACCAAAUGGUGAAGCUAUCAAUGUUUCCACUCCAAAUUCAGCACUCCACUUGUCUAAUCAAUAUGGUUUUCCAUUGAAUUAUAAUGGUCAAAUUCAACUCAUCUUUGGUAAUAUGUUUGCUGGUAAAACCUCGGAAUUGUUGAGAAGAUUACGUAGAUAUCAAUAUGCUCAAAAGGAAACCGUAUUGGUAAAGUACAUCAAUGAUGACCGUUACAGUAAGGAAAAUGUGUCAACACACGACUUGGUUCAACAAAAAGCUAUUCCGACAGAUCGUCUCGAAAAGAUUGCUUCACAAUUGCUUGGUUAUCAUGUUAUUGGUAUUGAUGAAGGUCAAUUCUUCCCUGAUUUGGUUGAAUUCUGUGAAGCUGCUGCUAAUGGAGGUAAAAUUGUAAUUGUUAGUGCUUUGGAUGGUACUUUCCAAAGAAAACAAUUUGGAAAUGUUCUUUCAUUGGUUCCAAUGGCUGAAAGUGUUGUGAAACUUAAGGCUGUUUGUAUGGUUUGUGGUAAAGAUGCUGCCUUCUCUAAACGUAUCACUGAUGAACAACAAACUGAAGUUAUUGGUGGAUCUGAUAAGUAUAUUGCCACUUGUAGAAAGUGUUAUAUGACUAGAAAUACUCCAUAUUCAAAGAAGAGUAAGAGCGUUUUCCAAGAUUCCAUGUUAGAAGAACAUGAAGAAUGCUCUGAUUAUUCUGAACAUUGUGAAAUUUUCUCUCCUCAAAAACACUAAGCAUUCUGUUACAAAAAUUGUUGAGCUAGUUCUCAAUCUAGGUAGUUACAACCAGUAACGCUCUCUAAUGGUAAUGCACAAGUUGUAUGUGUGCUCAAUCCAACCUAACAACCCACAAUAUUAAAACAUUAUUUAUUUU